AUGCAGUUCAACGACGAUGAGGAGCCGCCUCCGACGACGAAGCCCGCGCCGGCAAGGCCGUCGCGGCUAGUGCGGCUCAGCAAGUACCACAGCUCCGAAGCACCCCUGGCUCCCAACGUCCAGGAGGUGAUGCUCGAGCUCAAGUGCGUCUCCUCCGCCACCUACAGAGCACCCCUGGACCUCGUCGCCGUCGUUGACGUGAGCGGCAGCAUGGAGGGGGACAAGCUCAAACAGGCGCAGGAGGCCCUCAUCUUCAUCAUCCGCAAGCUCACCGACAUCGACCGCCUCUGCAUCGUCGCCUUUGAGUACACGGCCACCGUCCACCGCCCUCUGCGCCGCGUCACCGAGGCCGCCCGGACCGAGCUCGAGGCCGUCGUCAGAGGCCUGAAGGCCAACGACGGCACCAGCAUCAAGGCCGGCCUGCAGGCAGGCCUCAGCGUGGUGGCCCAACGCAGAUUCACUGCUGGUCGCGCCGCCAACAUCAUGCUCAUGUCCGACGGCCAAGACACAAUACCCGUCGACGACCCGGGCAACGUGCCCGUCCACACCUUCGGCUUCGGCGACGACCACUACGCCCAUGUCCUGGAAGCGAUCGCAAAUAAGAGCCUGGGCGGGGUGUACAACUACGUCAGUGACACCACCGACCCCACCAACCUCUCCCAGACCUUCUCCCAGAUCCUGGCUGGCCUCGUCACCAUCAUCCCCCAGGACCUGGAGCUCACCGUCACGGCGUUCCUUGGCGAGGCCGCAAUUAAGGAUGUGCACACCGGGGCCUACAAGCCGAUCCCAGCCGGCGAUGGCUCCUCCUCGGUCACCGUCAAGUUCGGCGCCCUCUACAGCUCAGAAGUGCGCAGGGUCAUCGUCGAGCUCGCUCUCGGCGACCGCAUAGCCUCGCCCUCGUACCACGCCAACGUCGCGCAGGUCCAGUAUAGAUUCACCUUCCAGGGCCAGAAGGUAGCCUCGGACCCCGUGGUGAUCACCAUGAACCGCAGCAGGAGGGCGCCUGAUCCGGCCGACGAGUCGACGAAGCCGCCGCCGGUGCAGGCGGAGCUGGUCCGGCUGAAGCACGUGGGCUCGAUCAAGGCGGCGAAGGAGAAGGCCGACCAAAACAACAUGGUGGAAGCGUGGAAUAUACUGGCGGAGGCGCUGAACAAGCUGGCGGAGGCGGCGAAGAAGCUUGUCGACCCGAUGUUCGACAUGCUCCGGAAGGAGCUGCUCAAGAUGCUGGAGCUCUUCAAGACGUGGGACACCUACCAGAAGCGGGGGAAGGCCUUCGCGACCUCCGCGAUAUCCUCCCACGACCAUCAGCGCAUCGCCGCCAGGGGCGACGCCGAGGAGAUCCGGAUCUUCUCCACACCGCGCAUGGAUAUCUACCUCGAGCAGGCCAAGCAUCCCGGCAAGGUGAUCAAGUCCGCCGACGACGACGCCCUGGAAGAGCUGGAGCGGGAGCCAGAGCUGGAGGUGCCUGCCACGCCCCCUGCGGAGAAGUGGAGGACGCUCUCAGUGGUGCUGCGGCUGCUCACGGCGGUGCUCAGCCUGCUGGCCUUCUCGAUCAUGGCCAGCGCGAGGACGUCAGGGUGGGCCGGCAACCGCUACGGCCGCUACGAGGCCUACAGGUUAGGGGCCGCUAUGACGUGCAAGUUUUCCUUUUAUUUCACGUUUUUGAUGAAAAGUUUAAAAAUAUUGAACCGCGGAGGAGGAUAA